UGGCUAAUUUUUAGCUGCUGUCUUUGGAGGCUGCCUCUGAGGCUGGAGGAGAAGGGUGGGUGGGCAGCAGAAGGAAGGGGGUGUGGAUAUUGCAAGGAAGGCCACUUUACAAUGGAUAUUCAGGGAGCAGAAGAGGCUGUCUUCAAGGACAACUAUAGUCACGUUGAACCAAAAUGGAAGUCCUGACCUUUGAACUCUGUCCCACAAUAGUUGCAGCCAUUUACCUAAUGUCUAAAACCCUCUCUCUUCAUAGAAGAUUACCCAGCUCAAUAAUCAGUCACAAGGCUUGACUGGGAACCACCAAACCCCCUCAUUUACCCCAUUUGCUUCCCACAACCUCAGCCCAUGUUUAACAAAGAAACUGUGCAAUGCCUUUUCAAUACUUUGGCCUUGAAUGCUACUGAAAUUUGUCCGUGGCUGUCAAGGUCACUUUAACUUCUAAACCACAAAAUCCUUUCAAGUUACCACAAGAAAAAGGUUAGAAGUCACUCCAAAGCAGCAAGGUCACCACCAGCCCAUUUUCCAUAGACAGGUUGAAAAGCAAGGUGUGAAACCCUUGAUUAUCACCCACAUCAAGUCAAGUCAAGUCAACUUUUAUUGUCAUUUCGACCAUAACUGCUGGUACAGUGCAUAGUAAAAAUGAGACGUUUUUCAGGACCAUGGUUCACAUGACACAGUACAAAAACUAGACUGAACUACGUAAUAAAAAAAAACACAGAGAAAGCUACGCUAGACUACAGACCUACACUGGACUGCAUAAAGUGCACAAAAACAGUACCGGUAUUACAAUAAACAAUAAACAGUAGGGCAAGGUGUCAGUCCAGGCUUCGGGUAUUGAGGAGUCUGAUAGCUUGGGGGAAGAAACUGUUAUAUCAUCUGGUCAUAUGAGCCCGAAUGCUUCGGAGCCUUUUCCCAGACGGCAGGAGGGAGAAGAGAUUGUAUGAGGGGUGUAUAUGGUAAAGAUCUGCAGCAAACUGGGAACAAAACACUGUACCCACCAUUAGCUGAUGCUCUCUGUGACCAGUUGAAUGAGGUCACACUCACUCACAACUAGCAACGUGUCUCCUGACUGCAGUUGUCACUUAUUCACUGUACACUGGUCCUUUAUUUUUGACUCUGUUCUGACUAUCUGUUUAUUCUGUAGCAGUAAGUUACAAUCCCUGUAAGUAACAAGGACACAGCCAUUGGGACAAGGCCGUUCUACCACAAAAAAAGAAUUGCAAUCAGGCAACCAGCAAGCUCGAGGAGCACUUCCACCGCCAGGGCAGUCCUGCAGAAGCUGAUCAUUGACUGCUUCACUGUUGUUCCACUGGACCAAAGGGGAGACCUUUUGAUAUUCGAGUCUCGCCUGCAAUCCAUCAUGAAUGUGGCCACGACAGAUGAAGGGUGGGAAGAUGAAGUAAUAUUACAGUGUGCAAUAGAGCAAAGUCUUUCUGGGGUUUGUGCACAGGAUUCAUCUGCAGCCUCUCAAGAGGAUGGUCUCAGGCACUUACAAAGCAAGGAGAACAGGAAGAUUGUUGAAGCAAUAAAGACAGGUCGGGAAGCAGAUGUGCACCAGCUAUCCAUUUGCCAGUUUGCGCUUGAUGAAGCUGAUGACAGAGGCUGGCUUCCUCUGCAUGAAGCAGCUGUGCAGUUAAACCAAGCAAUUCUUGCAGCCACUUUCCAAGCUUCUCGGGAUAAUGCACGGGAGCAGAAGACCCUAAAGGGGGAAACCCCUCUGUUCUUGGCUGCUGCAUACAGCCUUAUAGAUAACGUGCAGUACCUCCUUAUCAAUAACUGUAACCCAAACUCCAAGAAUGAAGAGGGCUGUUCGGUUUUAAUAGCUGCUAUAAGAAAUGAAGCUGUUGAUGUUGUGACACUGCUGCUCCGUUUUGGGGCAAACGUGAACCUGAAGUGCACGAAUGACAGGACAGCAAUGCAUGAAGCGGCCAAACUGGGUAGAGCAGAUAUCGUUAAUUUACUGAUUCGUUCUGGAGCUGAUAUUGAUCCCAGGAGUUCCUAUGGACUCACACCACUGGCUCUUGCUGCACAAAGUGGAUGGACAGAAAUCGUGAAAGUUUUACUCCAAAAAGGAGCCGAUGUCUUGUCUCAAGCCUCUGAUGGAGUGUCCGUGUUAUUUGAGGCUGCUGCAGUUGAAAAUGCAGAAUGCCUGGCCCUUCUAUUGGAGUAUGGGGCUGAUGCCAAUGUUCCCAAAUACUCCGGUCAUCUGCCCAUUCACAGGGCAGCCUACAGAGGAUACUAUAAGCUGCUGGAGCUGUUAAUUCCAGUGACAGACCAUUCUGCUAUCCAGGAGAGCGGAAUAAGCCCGGUGCACUCUGCAGCAGCCGGCGGACAGCAAGAAUGCCUCCAGUUGCUUCUCCAGUCUCGCUUUGAUGUCAAUUUCAUGCUCAGUCCCUGGCUUCGCAGAAGUUAUAAUGAUCAUAGGAAAUCUGCCCUCUAUUUCGCUGUGUCAAAUAACGAUAUUCGCUCUGCUCGACUCCUUCUGGAGGCUGGUGCACUACCAAAUCAGGAUCCCAUCAAUUGUCUCCACAUAGCUGUGAGGUUCGGCAACUAUGAGCUCAUUAGCCUGCUCCUUCGCCAUGGAGCCAACGUGAAUUACUAUUGUAGAGUAAACACAACUCACUUCCCAUCUGCUUUGCAGUAUGCAUUAAAUGACGAAGUAAUGCUCAGGAUGUUAUUUAGUUAUGGCUACGACAUCUAUCGAUGCUUUGACUGUCCACAUGAAAACAAAAUCCAUCCCUUAUUUGCCUCUGAAGCAUGGACACCUUCUGUCAUUAAAGAUAACAUGUUUUGUGAAGUUAUUACAUUAAACUGGUUAAAGCACCUAUCGGGGAAAGUGGUUCGUGUGAUGCUGGAUUAUGUGGCUCACGUUAAUUUCUGCUCUAAGAUGAAGAGUGUACUUGAACAGCAAAGUGAAUGGGCAGAAAUCACAUACAUCAUGAGAAAUCCACGUUCUCUGAAGCACCUAUGCAGGCUGAUGAUCCGAAAAUGCAUGGGCAAAUUGAGGCUGCGGUGUCCAGUGUUUAUGACAUUCCUGACAUUGCCCCCUCGCCUGAAGGAAUACAUUCUCUUCAAAGAAUACAACCUUUAUAAUGUGCCAAACAUGUGACUCAUUUCCAAUAAUGCCCUUUUACAUUUUAAAUAUAACCAUUGCCAUUGCAGUUUUAAAGUGAAUAGAUUUAUAGGUGUGCUAUUAGAAUCAAAAUCCAAAAGAGGGAGUGAAAUUAGUACUUGCAGAAAAGCAACGUAGGCCAGUGAAGCAGAUUGGAUUUCCAUUAUGUUUUUCACUGUAAUCAUUGAAUAGAUUUAAGAUUAAAACAAAUGAAAUGCAAUGGUUGCUUCACACAACAGUGAUAUAUGCUUGUUUGCUUACUUUACUGAGAAAAGGAGAAUGAUUAAAUGGGGGGGUGAUAAUUUACUGUCACUGAAUAUUCACUUAAGAUCUGACUUGCCUAAUGUUUAAUACACAUGUAUUAUUGAGAGCAUUAUUUCAUAAAAGUUUGAAACACAUGCUAAGGCACAGUAGUUUGUAAAUACAUGUUUAAUAACUAAUAACCGAAUAAGUUGCAUUUUCCAAUGUAUUGUUUGUUUUUUUAUUCAUAGAUUUUCAAUAGCAGCAAGUACAAAACUGGUCAGCAAAAUAAAUUGUUAUUUGAAUAUUAAAAGACAGAAUUUUAAACAGAAUGAUUAAACAAAUUUAGUAUUAAACCAUUGUAAAUAAUAGUUUUAAUCUACUCUCUGUAAUAACAAUAAGCUGAAAGGAACUUCUUGUUCAGUGUGUUACGAUUUGGUAGUAUCUCAGAUUUCUGAAAUCAGGUUUGUGUAUCUUUUUAAAUGAGUGAAAAUUUAAAAUUCACUUACUUGUACCCUGUAAAAUCUAUUCACUUAUUCAAAUUGGUAAAAAUGCCAAUUCUCAAAUUUGCAAAUGUCUUCCCAAUUGCUGUGGAAUGAAAUGUUAUUUUGAAAAGUGAUUUUGAAUAUUCAUACACACUUUAAAAAGAACAUCAUUCAUUUAAUUGCAUUGUUACAACCCUUUAAACUGCUUUGUAUAUAUUUUUUGACAGACAUAUACUACUAGGACUUGAUAAUUACUGAAUAUGGUCCUAUGCUUGUCUGACGUUCAAUGGUUUCGAAGUACAGCUAACUUUUGUGUAACAUAGAUAGUGGCUUAAAAUCGCAGAAAGCUGAACAAACUCAGUUGUUUCAAUUCAUUUUAACUAUCUGCUAUGCUGAAGCUGAAUGAACACACAUGAAUCCAUGGUUUAAUAUUCAGCCUGCCUUCAUUGUCUGUACCUCCUGUGGUUUUUCGAAGCAAAAUCAGUUGAAUGGACGGGCACUUAAGAUACUUACAAACUACUCUCACUUUGAAAUACUUCACGAUAUUUUUCACAGCGUUGUAUGAACUAGAGAUAAUUAUUAAUCUGCAUACUAAAACAUAAAUAGUUUGGCAGACUCAGAGCUCUACAUGGUUAAUUACCUUACAAUAUUUUGAGGUGGAUUUUAAAAUCAGCAUUAUUUCCUGAUAACAUACCUGGUUGGGUGUGAGUUAACAGAGGUUCUAACAUCUUCAGCAUCUCUCCAGAAUAGUCAACUGCCCCUGUAGGCUUCAAGGUGGCCAUCACCAUCCCAGUGCCCAAGAGGGCAACAGUAACCUGCUUGGGUGACUACAAUCCAGUCGCACUGACCUCAACAAUAAUGAAGUUUUGAGUGUCUGGUUAUGGAUCACAUAACAUCCCAUCUUCCUGCUACAUCGGACUCUUUCCAGUUGACUUAUCGCUCAAAUCGGUCCACUGAUGAUGCCAUAGCCUCUGCACUCCACCCCGAAAUGGUGCCUCCUGCACCAGUGCACUUCAGCUUAAUAUUUAAUGCGAUCACCUUUUGGACGCUGAUGGGUAAACUGCCCUCAUUGGGUUGGAACUCGUCCUUCUGCAACUGAAUCUUGACCCUCUUGACAGAAAGGCAACAGUCAGUCCGUGUUAGCAGAAACAUCUCUAACUCCAUUACACUGAGCUUUGGCGCUUCACCAGGCUGUGUGUUCUGCUCACUGCUUCUCACACUGCUGACACACGACUGCACGGUUGGAUCCAGUUCAAACCAAAUCAAAUUCACUGAUGAUACAACAGUGGUUGGCCUCGUCAACAACGACCAUGAGAUGACAUACAGGGGAGGAGACAGAGCAGCUGGUAGAAUGGCAGAGCACGGUAACUUAAGAAGUCACAACAUGGAAAAGAUCAAAGAGAUGAUUGUGGACUUUAGGAAGGUGUAGACUGAUCAUUCCUCACUGCACAUAAAUGGCCCCUCCAUGGAGAGAAUUAGGAGCACCAAGUUUCUGGGAGUACACAUGACUAUCACACUUGGUCCUUCAACACUGACUCUUUGGUCAAGAAAGCACAGUCUCCACUUCCUGAGCAGAUUGAAGAGUGUGAGGCUCCCUCACCACCCCCGCCCCCAAACACUCUAACCAAUUAUUACAGGAGCACCA